AUGCAUCAACACGCCAUCGCCGCCUCCGCGAUUACUGUGCUGCUGGCCACGGCGCCGACAGCAUGGGCUGGCAUGUACACCAAGAAGUCGCCUGUUCUGCAGGUUGACGCCAAAUCAUUUGACCGACUGAUCAGCCAAUCCAACUACACCUCGAUCGUCGAGUUCUAUGCGCCCUGGUGCGGCCACUGCCAGAAUCUCAAGCCUGCUUACGAAAAGGCUGCAACCCAACUUGAUGGACUGGCCAAAGUUGCCGCCAUUGACUGCGAUGACGACGCCAACAAGCAGUUUUGCGGCUCCAUGGGUGUCAAGGGCUUCCCCACGCUCAAGACUGUCCGGCCUGGCAAGAAACCCGGUCGCCCUGUCAUCGAGGACUACAAUGGUGGGCGCACCGCGGGCGCCAUUGUUGAAGCUGUCGCUUCCAAGAUCAACAACCACGUCACGCGCGUCACAGACAAGGACUUGGACGGCUUCCUUGCCAAGAAUCCCGACAGUCCGAAAGCCAUCCUGUUCACGGAGAAGGGUACUACGAGCGCGCUCCUGCGCAGCAUUGCCAUUGAUUACCUCGGCGUCAUUAGCGUCGCACAAAUUCGCAACAAGGAGUCGUCAGCAGUCGCAAAAUUUGGCAUUGAAGAGUUCCCUACACUAGUCUUGGUGCCUGGCGAGGGCCAGGAUCCCAUUGUUUACAAGGGCGAGAUGAGAAAGGCCGACAUGGUCAAGUUUCUCAGCCAGGCGGGUGAACCCAACCCGGACCCCGCCCCGGUCAAGGCCGCCAAGAAAGACAACAAGAAGGAGAGUGGCAAAUCAAAGACCGACAAGGCAGAGAAGUCCGAGAAGCCCAAGAAGAAAUCAGGCGACGAAGACGCCCAAGCCGAGCAAAAGAAAGAUCCUGUUGAAAAGGCCGAGACCAGCGUUGAAACUCCGCCUCCUGCUUCCACUCCUCAAGUCAUUUCUAUCCCUACAGCAUCUGACAAACAAGAGGUUUCGGAGAAAUGCCUGCAGCCCAAAUCCCACACCUGUGUUUUGGCAUUCGUCCCCGACUCCGAAACUGAUGACAGCAAGAGGGCAAUCGAUUCCCUCACUCAGCUCAACACAAAGUACAUCCAGGGCCAGCGAAAAGUGUUCCCCUUCAUUGCUGUACCCGACGGCGUCAACGAAUUAUCCCAUAUCCGCAAGAAGCUCGAGGCCACCAACGAGGUCGAGCUCAUCGCCAUCAACGCACGUCGUAAUUGGUGGCGCAGAUACGAGGGCGAUUUUGGCGCCACCAGUGUCGAGGCUUGGGCCGACGCCAUCCGCAUGGGCGAGGGAGCCAAGUCGAAGCUACCCAAGGGCCUCGUGGAGGCUGUUGAGGAGCCUGAGGAGGCUGGCGAGGAACCCCCCAAGACCGAGGAACAGCCAAGCACCGAGGAACAGCCAAGCACUGAGGAACAGCCAAGCACCGAGGAACCCCCCAAGACCGAGGAACAGCCAAGCACCGAAGAAGCCACCGAGAAACACGACGAGCUGUAA